AUGGCAGCCGAGGCGGAGGCAAGCUGCGAUGCGCCACUCGAUGAGGUGGGGGAGGCGAGCCUCGACAGCUCCGAAGAGGCACAUCCAGACUACUUUGCAGUGGUCGACUUCGAGUGCACUUGCGAUCGGACGACCAUGGUCAGGAAGUACAAGCACGAGAUCAUCGAGUUCCCGGUGGUUUUCCUGAAUUCUGAAACCCUUGAGGUGGAUUUGGAGUUCCACCGCUACGUGCGGCCUACAGAGAGGCCGCAGCUUACGGACGAGUUCUGCAUGGAGCUCACCGGCAUCCAGCAGUCCUGGGUCGACGAUGCAGAUCCCUUGGACGUGGUGCUCCGAGAGUUUUACGAGUUUCUGGAAGAGCACCGACUCGCUCACAAGGCGAUUGAUGGCCAGAAGCGCUUCACCUUCUGCACCGAUGGGCCGAUGGAUCUGCAGGGCUUCCUGCGCCCCGAGAGCCGCCGCAAAGGUCUGGGCCUGCGGAGCUGCUGGCAGAGCUUUCUGGACGUCAAGCGGCUCUUCGCGGGGGCGCUGGGCCAGAAGCCCUGCAGCUUGCAGGAGAUGCUCAGCCUGCAGGGCUUGUCCUUCCAGGGCAGGCCGCACAGCGGCCUGGACGACAGCCGGAACCUCGCGCGCAUCCUGGCGGAGCUGCUUCGACGGGCGGAGCGCCAGAAAGCAGCGGAGGUCGAAGCGGGGCAAAGAGGUCGAGCCUGGCACAAGCUGUCUUUUGGUGCUAUUGGGUUGGAUCUUUAG